UCCAAGAUGGCGACGCAGUACUACCAGGACAUGCAGGAGAGCUUCAGAAACAACAGCAAAAGUCGCGAGUUCCCGGCUCACACCGCCAAAGUGCACUCGGUGGCCUGGAGCUGCGACGGCAGGCGACUGGCCUCGGGCUCUUUCGACAAAACAGCGAGCGUUUUUGUCCUGGAAAAGGACCGUUUGGUGAAGGAAAACAACUACAGAGGUCACGGGGACAGCGUGGACCAGCUCUGCUGGCACCCAACCAACCCCGACCUGUUUGUUACAGCGUCUGGAGACAAAACCAUCCGCAUCUGGGAUGUCCGCACCACCAAAUGCAUGGCCACCGUCAACACGAAGGGUGAGAACAUCAACAUCUGCUGGAGCCCCGACGGUCAGACCAUCGCUGUGGGGAACAAAGAUGACGUGGUCACCUUCAUCGACGCCAAGACACAUCGCUCCAGGGCGGAGGAGCAGUUCAAGUUCGAGGUGAACGAGAUCUCCUGGAACAACGACAACGACAUGUUCUUCCUCACCAACGGCAACGGCUGCAUCAAUGUCCUGAGUUAUCCGGAGCUGAAGCCCAUCCAGUCCAUCAAUGCUCACCCGUCCAACUGCAUCUGCAUCAAGUUUGACCCCACGGGGAAGUAUUUUGCCACUGGCAGCGCCGAUGCCCUGGUCAGCCUGUGGGACGUGGAGGAGCUGGUGUGUGUUCGCUGCUUCUCCAGGCUGGACUGGCCGGUGAGGACGCUGAGCUUCAGCCACGAUGGCAAGAUGUUGGCCUCGGCCUCGGAGGAUCACUUCAUAGACAUCGCAGAGGUGGAAACAGGAGAGAAGCUGUGGGAGGUUCAGUGCGACUCCCCCACCUUCACCGUGGCCUGGCACCCCAAGAGGCCCCUGCUGGCCUACGCCUGCGACGACAAGGAGGGCAAGUACGACAACAACCGGGAGGCCGGGACAGUCAAGCUGUUCGGCCUCCCCAACGACUCCUGAGGCUCUAACUGCUCUGUCCUGGAAGACUGGCGGGAACAAGGUUCAUGAUCAGGUGGAAAAGGCAACAGAAGAAGAGCAAAGAUGGAAAAGAACAGAAAAUCCAACUCCUACAGACUGUAGUGAUCUUGUUCGACCACCAGGUGGAGCUGCUGUCCUGAUGUUCUCACAUCCAUCGCUGUUUUUGAUACCAAUACAGUCUUCAUUGCUGUAAGAUAGUUUUGUAUGUAUAAGUUCUUUUUAUAAUAAAAUUGAUGUCUUUA